AUACAGGGGGAGAAGAAGACAGUGAGGACCAGCUGGGCACUGAAGAGGAAGCCGAGCCAUCUGCGAGACCCUCUGCCCCCGAUCAGCCUUCCUUGCCCAAAAGGCCCCCGUCUCAUGUUCUUCCCGCAAGCAGGAGAAGGAAAAGCACUUCCCGGAAGCUUCUCUCCAACAAACCCCAGGAUUUCCAGAUCCGGGUGCGAGUCAUUGAAGGCAGGCAGCUCUCUGGGGUCAACCUCAAGUCUGUGGUGAAGGUGACGGCGGUGGGGCAGACCAAGAGAACCCGCAUCCGGAAAGGAAACGGUCCCUUUUUUGAUGAGACCUUCUUCUUCAACGUUUUUGAGUCCCCCGUGGAGCUUUUCGACCAGCCCAUAUUUCUCACGGUUGUUGACUCUCGUUCCCUCCGGACGGACUCUGUCAUCGGAGAAUUCCGGGUGGACGUUGGGACAAUUUAUGCUGAACCCCGGCAUUGCUUCCUCCGGAAGUGGCUGCUGCUGUCGGACCCGGAGGAUUUCUCGGUGGGCGCCAGAGGCUACCUGAAAGUCAGCCUGUACGUCCUCGGUCCCGGGGAUGAAGCCCCCCUCUGUAGUAAGAUUGUGGAGAAGAACGCCAAUCCCCAGUGGAACCAGAUUGUCACCCUGCCUGCCAUGUUUCCCUCCAUGUGCGAAAGGAUGAGGAUCCGCGUCAUGGACUGUGGAUGAUGGGCUUGGCUUCCUUCCCACCUUUGGCCCAUGUUACAUCAACCUCUACGGCAGUCCGAGGGAGUUCACUGGAUUUCCUGACCCUUAUGAAGACCUGAACAGUGGCAAGGGAGAAGGAGUGGCCUAUCGUGGGAGGCUGCUGGUGGAACUGGAGACCAAGCUGGUGGACUACGUGGAGCAGAAGCUGGGGGACAUCCCUGCGGAUGACAUCCUGAGAGUGGAGAAGUUCCUCCGUCGGCGGAAGUACAACCUCUUCGCUGCCUUCUACUCGGCCACAAUGCUCCAGGGCGUGGGGGACGCCGUCCAGUUUGAGGUCAGCAUCGGCAACUAUGGGAACAAAUUCGACAACACCUGUCUGCCCCUGGCGUCCACCACGCAGUUCAGCCGGGCGGUCUUUGAUGGUUGCCAGUACUACUACCUUCCUUGGGGCAACGUGAAACCGGUGGUGAUUCUCUCCUCCUACUGGGAAGACUGUGGCCACAGGACGGAUGCCCAGAAUCUCCUCGCCAGGGCUGCAGACCGGCUGGCGGCCAACUUGGAGCUGGUCCACCUGGCGCAGAAAGCCCAGCGUUCUGCCAGCGCCUUGGACUCCCUGGUGGCUCAGAUGCUGGAUGAGCUCAUGGUGGACUGCAGCCAACCCCUGGUUGAUGUCACUCAAAAGCCCAACAGCACCCACCUGGACCAAUACCUCUACCAUUUCCGGACCACCAACCUCGAUCAGAUGGUCCAGGCCGCCUUGAAGAUGAAGCACGAAGACUCUGACCUACAGAUGGUUUUGGAUCAGGCAGAAGAUUGGCUCUCUCGGUUAAAGUCCAUGGUGGAGGAGCCCCAGAACAGCCUCCCGGACGUCGUGAUCUGGAUGUUGCAAGGCGACCGGCGGGUGGCUUACGCCCGGCUGCCCGCCCGAGAGGUCCUCUUCUCCCGGAACGGAGCCAGCUGCUGUGGCAAAAACUGUGGGAGGCUCCAGACCAUAUUCCUGAAAUCUCCACAGGAAGAGGUGGCGGGUCCCAGGAUCCCAGCCCAGAUCCGGGUCCGGCUGUGGCUGGGCCUAGCGGUGGACGAGAAGGAGUUCAACCAGACGACCGAGGGGAGACUCUCUGUCUUUGCUGAAACGGUGAGCCAGAUCUGAUCUUCUCCCACGGGGAUGGGAUUGGGAUGG